CGGGGGGACACGCUAAAAAGAAAAGCAUGACACGUAAAUUGGAAUCGGGAGUGUAAUGUACUUUUUUUAAAUUUAUCCGUCAGGGAUACUGUUGUCCAGGGAGUAAGAUAAUUGCAUCCACACAUACACAAAAAGGACGCAGUGACAAAGACACAUGUGGCAAUAUUUGAAAAAGUUACUUUAGGUCUUAAAUUGCUCUGCCUUCAUAAUCUAGGAAGCAUUGUCAUCAGGCCUUGUCUUUGCAUUUCCUUUUUUCUUCUUCUGUUUUGCCCACAUCUGAGCACAGCCUUGACAAGCAACUUAUCAAUAGGGACCAAAUCACUUGUUUUGGUGAUAUUUGUAUGGCCACAUCUUCUUAUAGUACCACCUAAACAUACACAAAAAGAUCCAUAUACUGUUCUGUGGUAGGUCACCUGCAAUUUCUUGAUUUUUAUUCCUUCUGUUAAUCUUUGUUUGCUGUCUCUAUUUUGGGGUGAUUCUGGACAUCUCUUGUCUAUUUCAUCUUCACUCAGCACAAGGGUAGUCUUCAUUUUUUAUUCUUCAAAUGUUAGGCAAGUUUCUGGGAAGGUGUUUAGAAAAGAUUUGAUUUUUACACUGCAGCUUUCUGAAAAAGGUAUGCCAGUAGUAGUAUGAUGAUGUUCUUUUGACACCCUUUUAAGCUCUUUGUCUUUCAACUUCAAGCCUAUGCACUUUUACCAACUCUGCCUCCUCUCCAUUCUUCACCUAUCAGAGUUUGAAAAGCCAGUAUUGUUAAGAAGAUCAAAUUGUCACCAAUUGUUAUCCAUGAGCAGAAUCAGUCCAAUUCUGCUGUUGGCAAUUGUAAUUAUUGCUAUUGUGUUCUUUAUCUUUGGCCUUCUUCAUCUUCUGUUUAGGUAUUGUUUAAAGAUGCCUUCUUUUUCAUCGAUUUCACAAUCCAACAGAUUCCCAGAAUCAUCUGGUCCCCAAGUUCUCCAAAGGCAGCUUCAACAGCUAUUUCGUCAGCAUGAUUCUGGUUUAGACCAAACUAUCAUUGAUACUCUACCUGUGUUUUGUUACAAGGAUAUUAGGGGCUUGAAGGAGCCAUUUGAUUGCGCUGUUUGCUUAUGUGAAUUUUCAGAACAUGACAAGCUCAGAUUGCUCCCUUUUUGUAGCCAUGCUUUUCAUAUCGAUUGUAUAGAUACAUGGCUCCUGUCAAACUCAACUUGUCCUUUAUGUAGAGGUAUUAUUACUUCUGGGAUUUCUUUUGGAAAUCCCUUGUUUAGCUCUAUUGAGUCAAGAGGACAAUGGAGUUUCCAUUUGGAAGACAGAAUUGCAAAAACACAGAAGUCAGAAAAUGUUGGAGAAACGAGAGUUUUCUCAGUUAGAUUAGGUAAAUUCAAAAAUCUAAAUGAAGGGGGCGUAAAUCAUGAAGACAAAAGUACUCGAGGGGAAAUCAGCAGCUGUAAUUUGGAUGCAAGGAGAUGUUUCUCCAUGGGUUCAUUUCAAUAUGUCGUUGGUGACUCGGAGUUGCAGAUUGCUUUACCUGAUGUGAAGAUUCAAAAAACUAAGUGUGAGAACACAAAUUUUGAGACCAAUGCAGAAGGGAAAAAAAUCAGUGCUAGGACGAAAGGAGAAAGCUUUUCUGUUUCAAAGAUUUGGCUUUGGUCUAAGAAAGGCAAAUUCUCAACUACUUCAGAAACAAAUGUUGGUGGACCUUCUCUUAAUCUUGAUAUUCAUGACUAACAGAGCACAAUUUAUGUAAACAUGUAUUGCUUUAACAUAGUUUUGAGAUAGAUAUCAAUGCCUA